AGUUAGGUUAAUUUCCAUCUCCCCCCCAUCCCUUUCUUCCCUUCUCCAUUCCACCCUUCCGCUGCUCAAUUGAGGAGGAAUGGUCAUCAAAUCCAUAGGUUUCAUUCUACCUCUCCUGACGAAGAGAACCCAUAAACGAAACCUCAGUUUGGGUGAAUUAUUGCAAUCGGGAUCGAGGUUGCCCUGGCGGUGGUGUCUAAGUCACCGGCGAUGGAUUCAAGAGAAGGAGAAGGGAGGUCAGGAUGAGAAUGGUGAAAACAAAGAGCUUCAUGCGGCGGGGGACGACGAGCAGCUGGAAAGACAGGGGGGAUCCAAUAACCGCCCACCUCCCGACCUUCCAUCACCGUCGCUUACCCUCGCCCCUCUCUUCAAAUCCAUAAGAAAAUUUCAGAUCUGAUGGAUUCAAGCAUCCACUAAGAAUUAGAUCUUACUAGAGGAGCAUCGUAGUUGCCCGUACAACGUCACCAUAACCCCUAUCUCUGUAGAUUCUUUGUCGAAUCCAAUUCCUCUACUCUAUCUAUCCACGGCGAGUCCUUGAUUCUGUGUUUUUCUGCGGUGGGUGAUUUGGUGUGAGUGAUUUGGUUCGACGGAUCUCGUUUCACUGGCGGAUGCGGGAGAAGAGGUCACUGGUGUGUUUGAUGAGAUUCCUUUUUUGUUAUGAUUUAUGAUGUUCUUACGGGAUUGAUGGCUAGAGACUGAUAUUAACAUUGUAUAUUUGUUUGGGAAGUUAUGGAAGGUGCUGGAACUUCACUUUUUUGGGAAGAACAGAAAGAACCGAUCCGCUCAAAGUUGCGAAAGAAAAGGAAAGGGAAGACAACAUGAGGAGAAAAAAAUAAUUAAAUAUUUUAUUUUUAU